CUCCUAAAAUGCAUGCACCUCUUCAUUCCCUUUCUCUCAUAUAUAUAUAUAUAUAUUGAUUGAUAUUGGAUAGACAACACACAACACUCACAAAUCACAAACACCCCACUUAAUUGCUCUCUAUACUCCAAAACUCCCCCAACCCAACUCCCCAACUAUCAAUCAAAUUCUCACAACGCAUACAUGGACUUGCUCAACCGCUGCUCUUCAGUGAGCUCCUCCUCCUCCGACUCCUCCUCUGACUCCUCGACCCAGAGGAGGAUCAAGGGGCCGUGGAGCGCGGAGGAGGACAAGAUCCUGACCCGCCUCGUGGACCGCUACGGCCCCCGCAACUGGUCCCUCAUAAGCAAGUACAUCAGGGGCCGCUCCGGCAAGUCCUGCCGCCUGCGCUGGUGCAACCAGCUCAGCCCCGACGUCCAGCACCGCCCCUUCUCCCCCGCCGAGGACCAGGCCAUCCUCGCCGCCCACGCCCGCUACGGCAACCGCUGGGCCACCAUCGCCCGCCUCCUCCCCGGCCGCACCGACAAUGCCGUCAAAAACCACUGGAACUCCACCUUGAAGCGCCGCUACCAAACGCAGCAGCAGCCGCACCGAUGCGAGGAGGAGGAGCACGAUCCGAUGACGGCAUUGUCGCUGGCGCCGCCCGGGAUCGGCGGCGCGGCGGCGGGGGAUUUGCCGGCGGGGUUUUGGGACGAGAUGAGGAAUGUGAUCGCGAGGGAGGUGAGGGACUAUGUUACGACGUCGUUUCAGGAGACUUCCACCGGGUUUCGUUUGUGAUGGUGUUUGUUUGUCGUCUACUUGUUUAAUUAAAUAUUUUAAUGUUUAUUCUCAAGAAUUAUUUGAGUUUGGGAAUAUGGUUAAAGGCUGCGAUCUGUUUUAGCAAGGUUUUCACGUGUGAAUUGGGAGUACAUAACUUGGCACGACCCUCAAUUCAAAUCUAUUUGGUUUA